AUGACGCUGAAAGCGAACAGCUUUGGCAGCUUGACACUGACUGCAAAGGUCUCCUUGGCCCUUCUGAUGUCCCUGCUUGCUUUUGCUAUAAUGUUGGGCAAUGCUGUGGUCAUUUUAGCCUUUGUGGUGGACAAAAACCUUAGACAUCGAAGUAAUUAUUUUUUACUUAAUUUGGCUAUUUCAGAUUUCUUCGUGGGUGCGAUCUCCAUCCCUCUGUACAUCCCUCACACAUUGUUUACCUGGAAUUUUGAAAGUGAAAUCUGCACGUUUUGGCUCAUUAUUGACUAUCUUUUGUGUACAGCAUCUGUCUACAAUAUUGUCCUCAUUAGCUACGAUCGAUACCAGUCAGUUUCAAAUGCUGUGUCCUAUAGGGCUAAGCACACCGGCAGUGCGAAGAUUGUCGCUCAGAUGGCUGCUGUUUGGAUACUGGCUUUCUUGGUAAAUGGCCCGAUGAUUCUAGUUUCGAACUCUUGGAAGAACAACAGUACUGUCACAAAUGAAUGUGAGCCUGGCUUUGUUUCAAAGUGGUACAUACUUGCCAUUACGACAUUCUUGGAAUUCCUGGUCCCUGUCAUUUCAGUGGCCUAUUUCAAUGUGCAAAUUUAUUGGAGCCUGUGGAAGCGUGGGAGUCUGAAUAGGUGCUGCAGCCAUGUGGGGGUCAUCCCCACCUCUUCCAGUGACUCUGGACACUUACCCAGAGCUGGGGGCGUUUCCAGGACACCUCUUCCUGCAUCGAAGGAAUCAGCCACAUCUCUUCAUUCAAAAUGUCCUCAAAGAAAGAGCAGUCUUCUGAUGUCUUUAAGAACUCACACGAAUAGCAAUGCCUUCAAAGUGGGUUCCCACUCGCAAUCUGAAUCCUCAGCACUUCACCGAAGGGAGCACACGGAACUUCUCCGAGGCAGGAAGUUAGCCAGGUCUUUGUCCAUCCUGCUGGGUACUUUUGCCAUCUGCUGGGCUCCAUACUGUCUUUCCACAAUUGUUCUUUCUGCUUAUGCUGAAGGGGAGCGCCCCAAAUCAGUUUGGUACACCAUUGCCUUUUGGCUGCAGUGGUUCAAUUCUUUUGUAAAUCCCUUUUUGUACCCCUUAUGUCACAGAAGUUUUCAGAAAGCUUUCUGGAAAAUAUUUUGUGUGAAAAGGCAACACGCACCAUCACAGAACCAGUCCAUAUCUUCUUGA